GCCACAGCUGCGCUACUGCUGUUGUUGACUCGCUCAUGUAAACAAGGCUGGCGGCGGCUUGCGGAGGUGGAAAACAUCAGGAUGGGGCAAGAUAGAGGAUUAUUUCAAAGUCUGUUCACCUCCUUUGAAGCUUUUUUAUCUGAGGCACAAGCAGCUGGUCAGAUUGAGAAGUAUGUACUAGAGGUGGUGGAAGGAAAAAAGGAAGGAGAGGCUGUACUUCACUCCACCCUCUAUGCAGCGCUUAUCAGCCUUCUUCAUACCCUCCAGGAGAUUCUUGAAAGUUGUUAUGCUGAGAAGAAGCAGAGUAGCAAUUCAAAUGUGGCCUGCUCCUUGGUCCCAGGGCAGUACAGGUACAGUGGAGACUGUCUCCCUGGUGUGGCCAAAUCUAAGAGUCAAGCGGAGGAAAAAGAGGCAUGCAAAGCUUCAGUGACACACCCUCAGCCCCUACAUCAACCAUCUCCACCUCUGCAGCCCACCACCAAGGAGACAGAGGCAGCCAAUGUGCUUAUGAAUUUGUCAGGGAAAGCAGCUGAUAGGGGAACCCAGCCAAGGUUGGAGUCUUGUUCCACCACUCUCCAAUCCCAUCACUCGGUCAGCAAGGUCCCAAUCUACUCCUGUCCUUCUCUGGGCCCUGGAAGAAAGAAACUAGGUGGCAAGAGGGAACUAGGCACCUGUGAUGAAGUGCCACAGAUAAAUGAGAAAGACCUGUUACCUCUAGCCACUCAGGUACUCUGUCAGUUCUGUUCCCGCCAAUGUGAAGACCUGGUAGAACUUCAUGAGCAUGUACUGGCAGCUCAUCAUGCUGCUGAGGCUGAUGCUGGUCUUUCUUUCUCCCAGAGGAAAGUUCAGGUUUCACAUAAGGAUGUGGAAAGGGAUUGUGCAGCAGUUGCCAUGGAAGAACGAGAUCAGAGGCAGGAGCACGGUACCCCUGGUGCAGCCAUGAUAGUUUUGUUUCAGCAAGCGAACACCAGCCACAAUAUUACUGAAAAGAAGACAAAGAGGAAGGGCAAACUGAAAAGAGGAAAUAGUGAAUUAAGCAAAGAGAGCAUCACUGCUGGCCUCUCAUGUGAAGACAAUUCUCAGCAUGAAAACUCUUCAAAAGACUGGCAAUCCACUGUAGAAGGUAAUGAUCCAGAGACAUCCCAACCCCAGCUAGACCUCCCAGUUCCAGCCCUUUCUACUAACACCUUGUGUGACAAAGAUCAGGAUUGGUUAAGAGGUCAGGCAGGCCGCAGUGUGACCGAAUUAACCCCUGUAACCAGUGGAGAUGCAUUGGCUCUGGCAGUAGAGUCUUCACAAAUACGUCUUCUAGAGGCCAAGAUCACUAUCUUGGUGUGCCUUGAGUGCAGUUCUGGAUUUACUGAUCCUCAGGAGUAUGGCAGUCAUGUUUGUGAUGCCGACCAGCCCUUAGUAUGCAGGGGUCCUGAUGGUUCCGUGACCUUAGCUGACCUGCCACCAGGGACACCAGCCCAUCACUUGCAGGCCUCUGACAUGAGGCUCUUCCCAGAAUUUUUCAUUCAGCAGUCUCUGGAAGGUGGAGGGCGGGGUCUACAAGUGGUACAUCUCUCUGGCCGCACACUGCGCCUGCACACCAGCUGCCCACAGACCUACCUUGAUAAACAGCUGAUCUCCUUCAGAUGUCCUACAUGUGAAAACGACAGUGACAGCCUCACCCACUUCCUAGACCACCUAACAGCUGGUCCCUGCAUGUUCCGCUGCCCUGACUGUCAGCUGGUGUAUAUUUCACUUGACAAACUCAAAAAACAUCGUUCCUCCCUACACCCAUCACUUGAGGAUCGUACGUGCCCCAACUGCCAUCAUGUGUUUGAGAAACGACACCAGCGUAACAAACACCUGAAGACCAAAUGCUCCCAACGUCAUGAGUGUGUUGUGUGCAAUCGACUGCUCAAGAAUGAGUACAACCUCAGAGUCCACAUGCAGUCCCAUGAGGAGGAGCGGAAGCAUGUGUGUAAAGAGUGUGGAGCUGCCUUUCAUCGCCAGGCCAUUCUGACCCGGCACAAAAUGCGUCAUUCUGGCACAAAACCUCAUGCCUGCCCUCAGUGUGAUGCCCGUUUUUACACUCGCCAGCAUCUGCACACCCACCUGGACCGUCAUAAUGGGCUGCGUCGUUUUCCAUGCAACUCCUGCAACAAAGCCUAUUACUCUAAGCAUGACCGUGAUACCCACCACUCAAAGGUUCAUUGUAAGACUCAUGCUGCCAUAAAGACUCACUCUGGGGCAUUUGUUAGGCCAGAGCAUGUCACUGAGUAAGUGGUGGAAAUCUAUCUUGCCAUGAAUGGACAGUUAGUUCACCUCUAGUAUUUCUCAUCAUGUUUUCUAAUAAUCCUCUUGAACUCAUUGAUGUGGGAGCCAUUAUAUAAUUCAUAAAGUCUGAUGACCAGAAGAGGAGAGAAGGUCCUCAUGACAUGAAAUAUGAGAAUUCGUUUUUGGGGAGGAAUUAGACGUGAAAUGUCACAGGAGACUGGUGAAGUGGCAUUGCCAUCUUGUCUAAUGAUGUAGGCUCCAGGGCCACACAUUAACUUCUUGCAUCUGCAGUUACUCCUCCUAACCCAUCUCAAGUGGAUAUUCAGUGAUAUGUCCUUUCCUACCUUACUUCUUUUGUAUUUUUGCAGUAGGUACUGAGCGAAGCUCUUAAAUGGCCUGCCUUUUAACUCAAGCCAGUUUAUAAAUCCCUUAAUUUGCAGCCAAAGAUAUUUUAAGGCAGUGUGUUCCAUUGCUUCCUCUCUCUGUUCAAAAUGCUGAACCUGCAUUCUCUCUCUCUCUCUCUCUCUCUCUCUCUCUCUCUCUCUCUGAGACUGACUGACUGACUGACUGUGUUCUUUUCAUUUGAGCUUCCAAUGGGUAAUAUUUUCAAAUAUAUAAUUUUUUCCAUCACCGGUCAUACAUUUGUUUAAGGCAUAAUUGAGGACUUUACAAACUCCAUGUAAGUAGAGGGUAACACUGAGCCGUCUGAUUCCUUGGCCUAAAGAAAAUGGAAAUGCAAUACCAUCCAUUUGCUUCUCUAAAAGGGCUAUGAGAAAAGUUCUAUGAUAUUUCAUUCAAAUCACAUAAUUUCAUAUGAAAAUAUAGCAUAGAAAAAAAGCAAUCCUCACCUUGCUCUGAUUCAUAAAAACAAAGCUAUUCUUCUGUAUACAUGACAGUCCCAAUUUGUGCUCACUGUCUGUUUAUGAAUAUGGUGCAAAGGCAAGGGAAAUCAGGGUUCCUGUGAUAAGUGACCAUUCUGCUGAUUUAAUUAAGUACACAUACAUUGUGUCAGCUUCACCUUUGGCAAAAAUAUAUUUAGAAUAAAUAUUGGUACUUGGUAACCCAGAAACAAUCCUAUAUGUGACAGGCCAUUGCCAAAUGUCAGGUUGCUAGUAGAGGGUGGAACAGACAGGUAUGGUCCUGACAGUUGUUCGAGAGUCCCUCCAUAUACAUGAUUUCAGGCACGUUUCAGCAUGAAAAUAAAUAAAUAAAUAAAAUUAUUAGAAUUAAAAAAUAUACAUAUUUUAUUAAGCUUAUAUGAAUAUAUAAAUUAAAUUUAAUGAAUGAAAAUAUCAAACAGUAAUAAAAACUGGAUCAUAAACUAAAGCAGUUGUUCACCUGAUACAUUUAGACAGACAUGUCACUUGGCAAUGAUAAAGUGUUUGCCAUUUUCUUUGUCAGCUUUAUGGUUGGGGAAAAAUAUACCACUCAAGCUUCAUGUCGGGUCAAGAAGAAUCUUGAGAUGCAACAAUACAGUAGAACCUCGUUUAUCCAACACAAACGAGGCGCCACGGCCACACAGCUGAGCUCAGUUCUUCCCGCGCGCCACUUGAACAACAAUACAGUACCCACGCUGCCACGCUACUCAACAACAACAGUGCUACCACGAGGGUAAGGGCAGCCAGAGGAGGAACCACGAGAGGGAGAGGAGUCAGAGUGAUACAGUAGGCAAUAAAGGUACAAACCUAA